GUUUGUAGUGCAUUUCAUGUACUAUACACCGUGGUCAUAAAAAAAAAGAAUAAAUAAGUGUACCUAGACAGCGAUGCAUUUUUGGGAAGUUUUAUCUUAUGUUAUAGUUAUAAUUAAAGAAGUGCUUACAGUUUUUGAAAGCGAAGUGUUUGCUCUCCGCACAGAAGGAUGUUCUAUAAUAGACUAUCCCGAAGUCAGUGAUAAUAUUAAAUCGUUUGUGGGUCCUCCGCAAGAUUCACAAAAUUGUGCUUCGUCCAUGCAGCUAGUGACUUCAAAUACUUCGCAUAUCUGGGUUAUUGAAGAAGCACUGCCCUCAUUCAAUGUAUUAAAAGAAGAGUUAUUCUAUUGUUGCUAUACCAAUUUCUCUGCUAUAGCUAAUAUGAGUAACAUAAAUUAUGGGGACUGCAAAUUAUUUUCUUCUGUUAUAAAAGCAGAACACGAAUUCGUCAGAGUGGAAUGUUAUUAUUUAGAUAACAAAGUUUAUGAGAAUUUCUUUUUAUUUAAUUCUCUUGACCCAAUUUCGAACACAGCCAGCAAUAAGGACUCGUAUAACGUUCUCAUACUAGGAAUAGAAAGUAUGUCAAGACUUAAUUUUCAUCGAACCAUGCCAUUAACAGCGAACUUUUUAAAAGAUAAAGGCAUGAUAGAGUUAUUGGGUUAUAAUAAAAUAGGAGAUAACUCCUUUCCUAACUUGUUCCCAAUACUGACUGGCCUUUCAUUUGACUAUGUCAAGCAAGCAUAUACUCGGAACAAAGUCCUCGACUUAAAUAAAUGUCAAUUCAUUUGGGAUAAGUUUAAGGAGAAAGGCUACCAAACAGCUCUCGGAUCGGACAGUAUCGCUGCGGUCUUAGGCACUUACGAAUACAGCCUACGCAGGCAACCUACUGAUAAUUAUUUACAGCCAUUUAUAUUUGAAACAAGAAAUCUUUUCAAAGAUCAACAUUACAACUUUCAUCAAUGCAUGGGAUCCAAAUUUUUUUAUCAAAUUCUUUUAGACUACAUUUACAGUUUAACUCAUAAAUUGAAGAAUAACAAUUUUUUCGGCAUGUUUUGGGAAGAAUCAGUAAGCCAUGAAGAUCUGAACAUGCCCAACAUUAUGGAUGAAUCAUAUCAUAAUUUCUUGAAGGAGUUACAUAAAGAAAAUUAUUUGAAUAAAACUGUUCUUGUAUUACUAAGUGAUCAUGGAAUGAGAUGGGGUCCCAUUGUGCAAACGGCGCAAGGCCGCUCCGAAGAACGGUUACCGCUGCUUGGUAUCCUGUUUCCUGAACAAUUUAGACGUCGACAUAAACUAGCUAUUAAAAAUAUUCUAAUAAAUACGAAAAGGCUAACUACUCCGUUUGAUAUUUAUAAAACUCUACUUGAUCUACUCAAUCUUAAAUCGUUAGAAGAUUUGGCACUGAUAGAGAGAUAUCGAACACUUGGAUCUGAGUAUUCCCUACACAGUAAAACCAGUUUAUUUCUUCCAGUAUCUCCAAAACGAAAUUGCACAACAGUUGGUAUAGAAGAACACUGGUGUUCGUGUCACAAAGGAAAAAGAAUUAAAAUUGGAAGCAAACUUAAAAUAUCAGCAGCGCUUAAGCUUGUGAUGCGACUCAAUGAGUUAUUAAAUAAUUACCCUCAAUGUCAAACACUAGUCCUUCGGCGCAUUUAUGAUGUAUCUUUAGUAGAAAAUCAUAAGAAAUGGAAAAUAUAUACAGUGAUGGUGAAAACGGCGCCAGGCGGCGGCAUCUUCGAUGCCACUCUUAUUAGAAGAGACGCAUCGAACUGGGUCGUUUCUGGGACAGUGAGCCGCCUAAAUCUAUAUGGCAAUCAAAGUUAUUGUGUUCCCGAUGCUACUCUCAAAAUGUAUUGCUUCUGCGGUUGAUUAUACCGGUAAUUGAUGGCUGGUCACUUCGUGUUGUUUGGUGAUUCUCAUUAAGUACACGACUAGAAUUAAUAAGUUCCAUUCAUCCAGUUUUAUGUUGUCAUUAAGUUUUUUCUACCUAUGUAAACUACGAAAUCUGUUUUUUUUU